CUCUUUUCCUUCACAAUUAAUUCACCAUUUUCAAAUGGAAAAAAGUGUCUCAAAUCUGAGUCCUCCGAAUAGAAGCCGAAACCUGUGCACAUUUCCUCAAAACUAUUUUCCCAUUCAAUUCUGAGCUUUCACACCGGAACAACUUCCUUUGAAUAAACCACUCACUUUUGACCCACAGCAGAAAAAAAGUUAAUCCAUACCAUUACUGUUCUUGUUAUAGUAAAAAAUAUACAUAUAUCCUUGUCCAUAACGUGCAAACAAGAAAGUUUUCAAGAAGAGAGACAAAAAGCAAGAAUUACAAAGUGUAAACAAGAAAGACUUUGAAAGCUUCAACAUUUUUAAGUUCUGGCCCAAUCAAAGUUAGGUCAAGGACUAACUUUUAGAUUGGAACGAUUGAGGAAGCAAUGUGGUCUUUGUUGAACUAAACUGACUGACAGUCAUGAAGAGGAAUUCUGCUACAUUAAGAAAUUCGGGUGCAUAUACCAGCCCUGGAACGCCAGAAUAUGGUGAUAAUAAUGUGGGAGGAAUUCCGAAGGGUUGGAGUUCCGAGCGAGUUCCAAUCCCUACUAAUAGUAGCCGAAGGCAUAUUAAUGCUGCAGCAUUUAUGCCAUUUAAUAGUGGAAGGACCCUGCCUUCAAAAUGGGAUGACGCAGAGAGAUGGAUUACGAGCCCACUUUCGGGGUAUGGUGCCGGUAAGACAUCGAUUGUGCUGCCUCAGAGGCGACCAAAGUCGAAGAGUGGCCCACUGGGUUCUCCAGGACUUGUGUAUUUAUCCAAUUAUUCGCCCACCAUGCCUGUGCUCGAAAAUGGAAAUGUGACGAAUUUCGUGGCCAGUUCCCCACUUACAACUGGGGUCUUGGUGCCUACUGGCCUAUCAAUUCAUUAUGAUGCUGGCAUUUCUGCAAAGUCGAACUCUCUUUAUCCUGAGAAUAGCAUGGCUCGAUCAACUAGCGUGCCUGGCUUGUCUGAUAUGCUAAGUGAAUCUUCAAUGCCAAGCUCUCAAGAUGAUAAACCUGAUAGCAUCAAGAAGGAUGAAGCUGCAGUUUCGUGGGAUGUUUCACGUCGGGAUAUGGCAACUCAAAUGAGCCCAGAAGGCAGCACUCAUUCAUCUUCCGAAGGAAGGUUAUCAUUCUCUGGUCUCCCUUUCUCCAUCCCGAGUUUAGUGGAGCCACAAAGCAAUCAUUCAGCCAAAGAUGAAGUCAGGGAUGUCCAAGUAGACAAAGGCAUCACUGUAGCCAGGCAGUCCAAGAAACAUGGAUUGAGAAAGAUGAGAGGUUCGCCAAAUGCUGCAUAUUUGCCCUCACAGUUGGAUGUUGCUGAGGCAUCAAAUAGCUUGUCGAAGUAUGUCUUUUUCCUCAGAAUCUUAGGGAUAUUUAGUACGCAGUACUAGAUUAGACAAUACAAGGAACAAGAUUUUAGCUUGUUUUUCUUCUCUAUUACUGUCUGCAACUAUCCAAUCCUCUCAAUCAAACACGUCAUAAGAGUUAAGGUCCAUUAAUUAUUGAAUUAGCAGAAAUAACUCUCAAUGCCCAGAUAAUAUUCACCGGUGUCUCAGCAGCAAAAGUAUAAUUCCUAUCGAUUGAAAACCACAUUUUGUUUAGGUAAUAAA